GCAGGUCCGAACCGGUCUUGAGCUCAUUCGGGAGACUUGGCCAUGACGUUUCUUCGCGGCACUUGCAGCAUCCUCCGCCUCCUGCUCGGCAUCCUGGUGGGCUUCAGCGUGGAGGUGACGGCGUCCCAGCAGGGCAUCCCACUGUCAGUUGUAAAACUAUGGGCGUCAGCAUUUGGUGGGGAAAUUAAAUCAAUUUCUGCCAAAUAUUCUGGAUCCCAACUGCUGCAAAAGGAGCUGUGGGCUAUCACAGCGCCGCGUCCCGGCAUCAACACCAGCACAGAGACCACCUCCUCCUCAGCCAAAGGCGGCAGCAGAAUUAAUUCCAGACUCUCACCUGCAUGUCCUGGAGCGUGGGAGGAAGGUGGAACCACAAGAGUGAAUCCACGCAGAUAUGGCGAGAGCAUACAGACAGCGUUUAGAAAGCGACUCCAGGCUCAAAACCAGGGGCUGCCGUGCCCUGAGAAAUACAAACCACCAGGAAAAACAGUCAGAGUGGAAGAAAUCGAUGGUGUGAAACUGGUGAAAAAUUUGGCGGUGAAGAUGGAGGAAAUGUUCCGCAAAAAAGCAGAAGCCACCAGGCGGCUGGUGGAGGCAGCAGAAGACGCGCAUCAUCAGCACGAAGAUAACCCAGACUUGCAGUACGAGUACUUCAAUGCUGUGCUGAUCAACGAAGUGGACAACGAGGGCAACAACGUGGAGCUGGGAGGAGAGUUCCUCCUGGAGCCCAACGACCACUUCAACAACCUGUCAGUCAACCUCAGCCUCAGCGUGGUGCAGGUUCCCACCAAUAUGUACAACAAAGAUCCAGACAUUGUGAAUGGGGUCUACUGGUCGGAAGCUCUCAACAAAGUGUUUGUGGACAACUUUAAUAAAGAUCCAACUCUCAUCUGGCAGUAUUUUGGUAGCGCUAAAGGUUUCUUCAGGCAGUACCCCGGGGUGAAGUGGCAUCCAGAUGAACAUGGGGUCAUAGGCUUUGACUGCAGGAACAGGAAGUGGUACAUCCAGGCAGCAACAUCCCCCAAAGAUGUUGUUAUCUUAGUGGAUGUCAGCGGUAGCAUGAAAGGAUUGAGACUGACCAUUGCCAGACAAACGGUCUCUUCCAUUUUAGACACACUUGGAGAUGAUGACUUCUUUAACAUCAUUGCAUAUAACCAUGACAUUCACUAUGUGGAGCCUUGUUUGAAUGGUACUCUGGUGCGGGCAGACCGAACCAAUAAAGAUCAUUUCCGGGAGCAUCUGGACAAGCUGUUUGCCAAAGGGAUUGGGCUGCUGGGGCAAGCUCUGACUGAAGCAUUCACAAUCCUCAAUGAUUUCAAUCAGACUGGCCAUGGAAGUGUGUGUAGCCAAGCCAUAAUGCUUGUGACGGAUGGGGCAACGGAAAUGUACGAUGACGUUUUUGAGAAGUACAAUUGGCCAGAAAGAAAGGUACGCAUAUUCCCUUAUCUGAUUGGCCGGGAGUCUGCGUUUGCUGAUAACCUCAAAUGGAUGGCGUGCGCCAACAAAGGAUAUUUCAGUCAGAUUUCCACAUUAGCAGAUGUUCAAGAGAAUGUGAUGAGGUAUCUCCAUGUCAUGAGCCGCCCUAAGGUUAUUGACCACGAACACGACACUGUUUGGACAGAGGCUUACGUAGACAGUGCACUUUCCCAGGCACACAAGCUAAAUGACAAAGCAGGCCCAAGUCUGAUGACCACAGUAGCCAUGCCUGUCUUCAGCACUAAGAAUGAGACGAAGAAUCAGGGUAUUCUGUUGGGGGUCGUUGGAACAGACAUUCCUCUGCAAGAGCUGAUGAAGCUUAUUCCCAAACAUAUGUUAGGGAUCCAUGGCUAUGCAUUUGCCAUCACAAACAAUGGCUACAUCCUGACACACCCAGACCUCAGGCCUUUGUAUCAGGAGGGUCAGAAGAGGAGAAAGCCCAACUACAGCAGCGUAGACCUCUCCGAAGUGGAGUGGGAGGACAAAGAUGACAUUCUGCGCAACGCCAUGGUGAAAAGGAGGACGGGGACCUUCUCCAUGGAGGUGAAGAAGACGGUGGACAGAGGGAGGCGUGUUUUGAAGAUGCACAAUGACUAUUAUUACACUGAUAUCAAAGGAACUCCAUUCAGUGUUGGAAUAGCUCUUUCCAGAGGCCACGGCAAGUACUUCUUCAGAGGAAACGUGUCAGUGGAAACAGGGCUUCGUGAUCUGGAACAGCCAGAUGUCGCCCUGGCAGAUGAAUGGACGUACUGCAACACAGAGGAGCAGCAUGAGCACCGUCACCUGACUCAGAUACAAGCCAUCAAGCUCUUCAUGACGGGCCGCAGGCCUAAACUGAAGUGCGAUCGAGAGCUGAUCAAGGAAGUGUUGUUUGACGCAGUGGUCACUGCACCGCUUGAGGCCUACUGGACUGGACUAGCUCUCAACAAGUCAGAGAACUCUGACAAAGGAGUCGAGAUCACCUUCCUCGGCACGCGCACCGGCCUGUCAAGAACCAACUUGUUCGUAUCCGCGGAUCAGCUCUCCAAUCAAGAUUUUCUGACAGCAGAGGACAAGGAGGGUGUCUUUAAUGCCGAUCACUUUCCCCUGUGGUACAAGAGAGCGGCAGAGCAGGUCCCAGGCACAUUUGUCUACUCUAUCCCCUUCAGCACAGCUUUGGAGAACAAGAGUGUUGUGUUGGCCAGCACUGCAAUUCAGCUCCUUGAUGACAGGAAGUCACCAAUCGUUGCAGCUGUAGGGAUUCAGAUGAAGCUUGAGUACUUCCAGAGGAAGUUCUGGACAGCCUGCAGACAGUGUACUGCUCUGGAUGGCAAAUGCAGCAUUAGUUGUGACAGUGAGGACAUUAACUGCUACCUCAUUGACAACAACGGCUUCAUUCUUGUCACAGAAGAGCAAUCUCAGACAGGGCUCUUCUUUGGCGAGGUGGAAGGUGCGGUCAUGAACAAACUUCUCCAAAUGGGUUCAUUCAAAAGGAUCACACUGUACGACUACCAGGCACUUUGCAGAGAGUACGCUGGAAGCAGCGAUUGUGCACGUACUUUGUCAGAUCCCUUCUCUGUUGUGAAAUGGCUCCUGGCUGAACUUAUCAUUUUCCUUCUAGAAUUCAACCUGUAUAGCUGGUGGAACGUUGAUCUUUCCGUUAAAGCUCAGCGAUCUCGUGGUAAGACCAUGAUGGCACCUUGUGACACGGAGUACCCCGCCUUUGUGUCGGAGCGUACCAUUAAAGAAACCACAGGCAACAUUGACUGUGACGGCUGCGUCCGAUCUUUCGUCAUUCAGCAGAUUCCCAGCAGCAACCUCUUCAUGGUUGUCGUGGACAACAAGUGUGACUGCAGCAGUGCUCCACCAGUCACCAUGGACCCCAUUGAGAUCAUGUAUAUCGAAUCAUUGAAGUGCGACCGGCUCAAGUUUCAGAAGGACAGGAAGAAGCCAGAAUCAUGUCAUCCUUUCCACCCGGAGGAAAACGCCAUGGAGUGUGGUUCUGCUUCACGUCUGCGCAGUCCUUUCACAGCCGUUUUGCUCCCUCUGAUAGCAGCGAGUGUCAGCAGGUGACCAUCAUCAUCAUCAGCAGCAGCAUAACGGACUAACAACUAGAAUAAUCAACAAAUAGGAAACAAGACCAACUCCACAUGACACGUUCACAUUACUGCAGAAAGAGCUUUACUGAAUAAAAGUAGCAACUCAACUGCCGUUAUGUUGAGUGUGUGUCCAAAUAAAAAAAAGAGAGGUACAGCAAUACAAGUAAGUAUUUGAGCAAUGGACGCCAAGUAAAUUAGUGUUUAUUGUAAGGUUGGAUAAGAGUGCACUUUUGGCAAUGAAAAGAAGGCAGAACAAGUGAGAAAGUAGUUUGGGCAAAAUUGCUUCAACAUGCAACACUUUCUUGUUUUUGUCAAACUAUUUCAGAUUUCUCCAUAUGGAUCAUAUAAAUAGCAUACAGAGCGAUAGGAGCACUUUACCUUGCUUUAUUCUGCCAGUUAAGACACAUUAUUACUGCAUGUUUUUAACUGUGUUCAAAGAAUGUUACAUGUUUAAAGUCUGUCCAAAAGAUCAUU